AUGGCUAAGCAAGCCUAUAGGAUAGAGACAUCCUUUAUGGCCGCAAUGGACAAAUUCUCCUCAGAGCUACGGAUGCUCUUUCAAGAGAGCAUGCCAGUAACGUCAUCAGCGACGCCUCCCAGAGCCGGACAGAGAAGCCAAGAGAGCGAGAGGUUUGAGCCCUACGGCGAAAGCAGCAGCCUCGGCGCCUCUGCCCACACCCAAGCGUCAGGCUACGGCCAGCAUUCUCAGCCGCCGACAAAUAACUGGGGGUAA